AUCCAAAAUUGAAAAUGUUACAUUUACACCCCUGAAAAACCAUUUGUAGCGAACAAUUCCUGUUCCAAAUUUUGAAUUCAAACAUUUCACCAACAAAGGAGAACUAGAAACUGAAGAAGAAGAAUACCCGCUUGGAGCUCAACAACGAAAAUGGAGGAAACCAUUUCAAACCUCUGCAAAACCCUAGCUUAUUUCUGCAACCAUGUAGACAACAGUUGCGAAGCUCUGAAGCAAUCUGUGCAGCGGCGUCCCAUCCCUCUCGAUUCAGCUUCUUCAACCUUCAUCCAGUGCCUCAACCGCCGCGUUUCAACCGUCACUUCUGAUCUCAAUUUGCUCGAUUCGAUGUCGUUUGGUACUGUCUCUUUUGAGGAGUUAUUAGGACACUGCAAUGAAGUUUACAAGACCAACCAAACCCAUCUUCUUCAACUCCAUGAUCGCCUUAAAACCUUCAAUAAUAUUCCUGAAUUCAAGAUUGAUGAUGAAGAUGAGGGUUGCAGUUUGUCGACACCUUUUGGUUUAGACUCAAAGGAUGAGAUGGAGUCAUCAUCACCAAUCUCUUUUUCGCGUUCAGUCAUGAAGAGCUUGGAAGAAGACACUCUGCUUGAUGAAUCAUUGAGUUUAAAGAAUCUUGGGCUGUCAGAUGUUUGUCUUGCCACUUUAGCAUCUGAAGUUGAUAAUGAUAGCACUGAUGACCAAGAUAUGUGUUUCCAAGAACCAAUGAAAUGUUACGGGGACAAACUGCAUGAGAUAAAGGAUCCAAGUCACCAUACUAUGAAGAUGGAAGGGGAACUGAAAGAUGAGCCAAUGUCCUUUGAAGCUACUGGUCCUGUAAUAAAGGUAUCGAAGGAUGACUAUGACAGCAUUCCGUCCUACAUGAAAACCCUAACUUCAUGGGAGGAUCUGCUUGUUGCUGUCGAGAAGAUCAACUCAAAAAUGAGAAAGGAGAAAACAAAAGGAUGUGACUACUUCCAGCAGGACGAAAUUGCAUCUUUGGACCUGGGACACAAAGCCAGAGCUUAUCUACUGCUGCUCACACGUCUAAAUCUUUUACGUGUUGAAACAAUCGAUGGUCGUAUAAGCUACCGAGUUCUGUGAACAGACAUGAUAUUACUAAAUAUAGGUAUAGAUAAUGCGAUCAUAUACCUUAUUCAAGUUUUACUCUCUUAGGUUCAUUAGGAGCUCCGCUUGUUUUCUUUUUGGUUACAGCAUUUUGCUUAUACAACCUUUGCUGCAUAGCAAUUAGAUUUGUAAAACUUCAUUGAUAGGUUUUUUCUUUUUAUAUUGUUUUAUGAUAUUUGUAUUUUUCAUUC